AAAUGGGUCAGCAUGUUUUUGUAGAAGAGGUUUCUGUUUUGAAGCCUCCCAUCUCCACUCCUUGCACCACUCUCUUCCUCCACAAUCUCGAGCAGCAGCUCUUCUUCCCAGUAGAAAUGCUCUUCUCCUACAAAGUCGACUCCCCGGGUUCCACCCGAAACGUUGCCCAUGUCGUGCGAGAUGCUCUGCAACAGGUUCUCGUCCCGUACUACUUUGUGGCCGGAAGGAUCCGAGUGAACGAGGAGCAAGGCCGAGUUGAGCUCGACUGCAACGGGGCUGGAGUCUUGUUUGCCAGUGCGAGCUGCUCGUCCACGAUUCGUGACGCUGGAGACCUCCGAAUGCCAAAUCCAAGCGCGAGAAACUUUCUCGUUUUUCCUACCGAAAUGCCCACGGAAAUCUGCGACGUUCCGCUCGUAACGAUCCAAGUUACCAGAUUCAUAUGUGGAGGAUUCAUUGUUGGUAUUUUAGCAAGCCAUGCGAUCUUUGAUGGAACCGCUGGCUGCGAGUUUUACGAUGCCAUUGCAAGAACUGCAAGAGGGGAUCUCAACCCAGCGACGAUGACCCUCAAUCUUGAUCGCUCCGUCUUUCGCAGCUCAAAUCCACCCCGACCAACGCUCGAUCACCCCGAGCUCGUUUCGAUGCCUGAUGUCCCAGCCAAGUUGAUCUUCAGCCCAGCGCACUAUCACCCUUCUAAAUCUCUCCUCCCGGGGUUCUCUUUUAAGUUAUUCUCCUUCACGCCCGCCAUGCUGGAUUCAUUAAAGAAAAAGGCGCUGUCGGAUGGCACUAUAGCCAGAUGCUCAUCUUUCGAAGCUUUGACAGCCCAUAUCUGGCAGGCACGAGCAAAAGCCUCGCAUGACUCCCAUGCAACAACAAAGGUGGCGAACCUCUUUGUGGUUGUAAACGUUCGUCACAAGGUAAAAAAUUUUCCGAAGGACUUCGUUGGAAACGCGGUGGUGGCUGCUCCCUCCUGCGACACCACAGUAGAGGAUCUUUGCAACGCAACAUUGUCGUUGUGCGUACGAAAGGUCCAAGCAGCCAUUAGGCGUGGAACGGAGGAAUAUGUGCGGUCAGUAAUGGAUUGGUGCGAGGGCAGGCAUGGCUUCAUUGACUUGCCAGGUGGCAUGAUCAUCACACCAUGGUCGAAGUUGGCCUUUCACAAGCUUGAUUUUGGAUGGGGGAACCCGGACUACGUUACGUCAGCCGUGCAUGACAGGAAAGAAUAUGUGGUUUUGCUGUCCAACUGUAUGGGAGAUGGCGGACUGGACGUGUUUAUGGGUAUGGAGUUUGAAAAGAUGGCCAAACUAGAAGACUUCCUCACGGUAUGAUUGAUAAUUGAGUGAAAAGCAUAAUAAAAGUUUUCCUUUUAAGUCUCA